AGAAUAUUUUCAUCUCAUGGUGACUUAUGCAGUUUGAAUGUGUGGGUGGGGGGAUACACUGAAUGUAACCUCCCCUCAGAUACCGGAAGAAUUCAGUCAUGUCUCUGGUUCUACUCCUUCUCUGUGUGUUUCUGGCCCCACAAGCCUCUGAAGCUGAGACUGUGUUUGUGAAGACGGGAGAAGAUCUACGUCUGGCUGGUCCUGGACCUGUGGACCUGAGCAAGUUGGAACUGUUUUUCUGGCGAUACAACAGAACAACCAGCAUUGUGAGGUUAUCUCCAGGAGGAGAACCUGCGAUAUUUCCUGCUUAUGAAGGCAGAGCUGAAUUUGUUAAAGAAACUCAUUCAUUACUGGUGAAGAGGGUGAACCAUAGUGACAGUGGUGACUACACAGCUGUGAUAGCUGAAAGUAAAGAGAGAGAAGUAGCAAGAUACAGAGUCCAAGUCCUGGAUCCAGUGAGUCCAGUGAGAAUUCAGCUGAGGGUGGUUAGCAUCUCUCAGAGUGAGGACACUUGUGUCCUCAACGUGACUUGUGGUCCCAUCACUAGCUCCUUCACCAACAAUUGUAAAACCUUCAGCCAAGACGGAGGUCAGCAGGAGGUCAACCUUUCUGGAUCCACUUACCGAAUCUACCAUCAGAACAGCAACAUCAUCUGUAACCAGAGCAACCAGGUCAGCUGGACCAAUGACACACAGGCUGUCAGGGAUCACUGUACACUGGUCUGUCCUCGGUCUUUCCCCUUUUGGCUCGUGAUCCUCAUCGCUGUUCUUCUUGUUGUUGGUGGUUUAACGUGUGGAAUUGUCUGUUACAAAAAACGACAUAACAAAAAGACCAGCGAAGAACAGAGCGAGCAAGUCUAUGACCAACCAGAGGACUCGAACCCGAGCAACCGCACAGAACCUGAAUCUGGACCUUCGCCGAACUCCACUUACGCCUUGGUGGAAUUCCACACAGGACCCUCCAGACCGGCCCCUGAACAAAAGGCCGCCUUGCCUGAGACGACGUACGCUCAAGUGGACAAGCGCAGAACAGGAGACAGCGCCCUCCACAGGCUGUAAUUCCCUUCACACCUGCCCAGAACUCUUCUGGUGCAGCCCAGUAUAUUUGAAACAAGGGAGAGGGGAUCGUGGCAGGGCAGGUUUCCGAGACCACACGCUAGUCAGGUCAAGGCAUUAUCUAACUGUGUAGUCAGUGAAAGGAACGUACUCCUGAACCAUUUGAGCUCGAUCCACACUAGCUCACUCUCCCGUGAACACCGGCCAUUGAAUACAGUGGCCUCAGGUGGACAAAAUUAGGUCUUAACAAUUGACAGAUUAAUAGACCUUGUCAGUUUGAGAAAAGAGAGAUGUUUGUAAAAAUUGAUUUCCAGCACCUUCAAUCGUGUCAUGUGACUCCAAUGAUAAAGGUUACAUUACUUAUUAUAUUCAAAAAUUCUAAACGUAUGUUAUGAAUGAAUUCCAAUGAACAAGUAUCAAUAAUAUAAAUAUAAAUAGUGAUCAAUGCAAUUCAAAGACUUGCUAGAAAUCCUCAACGUCACGACAGUGAUGCUAGUGAGACUGGAGGUCUGUUGUCACUUACGCUAUUUUGGCUUUUUUUUGUUUCGCCACACACAGCAUCCUGCUUCCUCUGUCACUGUUUUGAGACAGUCAAGCUUGCUCUCUUGCUCUCUGUUAUGCUAUUAUAAAACUAUAGCCUCCUUUCAAUCUCUGUUUACUCCAAACUUCGAUAGCCUUUUCACUUUUUUAUUGUUCUAGUCUGCUUUUCAUUGUUUUCAGGUUUGUACAGUCGCCUUGAGCAUUUCCAAUGUUAAAUAUUUAUUUUAUUUUAUCAUUUAUUAAUUAUUAUUAUUACUCUAUGACUAACUAUAUAUAUAUAUAUAUAUAUAUAUAUAUAUAUAUAUAUAUAUAUAUAUAUAUAUAUACACAAAAAAACAAAAACAAAAAAAAAACAAACAUGUUCCUUGAUUUAUUUCAAGAACCCGGUCUCUAAACCCAAAUGUCCUCACUUUCACUCGAUGCCUUUUUGAUUUGACAAUGGUGCGUCAAACAUGAUGUACAGCCUUGUAUUUGUGUAUGAACGAUGUCAAUGUUUGUGUUAUCUUGCACUUUUAUUCAUGCCGUUACAUCUUUAAGUUCCCAUGGAACUAAAGAAUUGCUUGAAACAACUUUCAACCAGGACGUAGUGGGUCGGCUGAACCUCAAGGCAGCCGGGUCCAAAUGAGUGAGAGGUAGUGAACCAUUCCUGACUAGCUUUGCACUGAACUGUUCAUUGUCUGUGCGUGUCUUAUGAGUCGAUGUACAUAGAUGAACAUGGUUACAGAAUUAUUUUUCUACUUUCUAUUUGAUUAUAAUAAGAAUCUCUGCCACUGUGAUGAAGAUGAAAGUAUUGCUAUAUGUAUGAAUGUCAUUUUAGUGAGUUCGUCCAUGAAGUCUGGAGCUUGUGUUUUUUUGUACGGACAAGUUUACAUGUUUAUGAGCCACAGACUGUUCAGGAAACGCUUGAGUUUAUGUUACCCCUGUGCUUGUAGCGCUACAUGCAAAUGUGUUAACUGCUAGCUGUUGAAUUACUUGUGUGUAUAAUGUUUGGGAAAGACUUUGAGUGUUUUUAACAUUUUGUUCAAUGAAAAAUAAAAAUGGCGAUGGUUUGUGUGUUUUACUGAGUAGAACUUU